CUCAGCCAGACCUGUGUGGAUGAUGACAUCUGGCUGUCUUCACUCUAAAUAUGCUCUGAGGGGCUGUGCAAUGUCAUAUUCCACUUCCUAUACUUUGGAGAUCACCUGUUCAGACUCUGUCAGGCUGGUGAAUGGGACCAGUCUGUGUUCAGGCAGACUGGAGGUGAAGUCUAACCAGUCUAACCAGUCUAACCAGAGGUGGUCCUCAGUGUGUGAAGCUGACUUUGACCAGCAGGAUGCAGAGGUGGUCUGCAGGGAGCUUGGCUGUGGGGCUCCUUCAGUCCUCCAGGGGGCGCUCUAUGGAGAAGUGGAGGCUCCAGUGUGGACCAAAGAGUUCCAGUGUGGAGGCCAUGAGUCUGCUCUCCUGGACUGUAGAAGCUCAGGCUCAGAUAGAAACACCUGCUCACCUGGCAAAGCUGUUGGACUCACCUGCUCAGAGCCUGUCAGGUUGGUGGGAGGGUCCAGUCGCUGUGCAGGAACACUGGAGGUGAAACAGGGAGAGUGGAGACCAGUGGACAAUUUCAAAUAUAUCUGGAGCCAGAAGAAAGCAAAUGUAUUUUGCAGAGAGGUGGACUGUGGCUCAGCUGUUUCUGUCAAAUGGAUAAAGGAGUCCUCACGUAGACCUGUAUGGGCAGUGACAUCUGACUGUGUUCAAUCUGGAUCAGCUGUGAGGGACUGUGUAAGAUCAGAUUCCUCUCUUUACAUCCUGGAGAUCACCUGCUCAGACUCUGUCAGGCUGGUGGAUGGGACCAGUCUGUGUUCAGGCAGACUGGAGGUGAAGUCUAACCAGUCUAACCAGUCUAACCAGAGGUGGUCCUCAGUGUGUGAAGCUGACUUUGACCAGCAGGAUGCAGAGGUGGUCUGCAGGGAGCUUGGCUGUGGGGCUCCUUCAGUCCUCCAGGGGGCGCUCUAUGGAGAAGUGGAGGCUCCAGUGUGGACCAAAGAGUUCCAGUGUGGAGGCCAUGAGUCUGCUCUCCUGGACUGUAGAAGCUCAGGCUCAGAUAGAAACACCUGCUCACCUGGCAAAGCUGUUGGACUCACCUGCUCAGAGCCUGUCAGGUUGGUGGGAGGAUCCAGUCGCUGUGCAGGAACACUGGAGGUGAAACAGGGAGAGUGGAGACCAGUAUAUGACUUGAACUCUCUGUGGACCCUGAGGGAAGCAGCUCUAACGUGUACAGAGUUGGACUGUGGCUCUGUUGUUUCUGUAAGACAGAAAGAAGAGUCCUCAGAUGAACUUGUAUGGGUAAUGACAGCUGGCUGUGUUCCCUCUGCACCUUUUUUAAAAGACUGUGCAAUACCAACUUCCUCUUUCUACACCCCAAACAUCCAGAUCACCUGUUCAGAAUCUGUCAGGUUGGUGGGAGGAUCCGGUCGUUGUACUGGAGCACUGGAGAUGAAACAUGGGGAUGACUGGAGGCCAGUGUACGGCCAUCAUUGGAGCCUGAGGGAUGCAGCUGUAUUCUGCAAAGAGCUGGAUUAUCUGCUCUGA